AUGGAACAAGCAAACUGGAUCGACCAUCAACAGUUUGGAUUCCGGAACUACAAAUCCACAACAGACUACCUCGCAAGACUUGAAGCGGACGUCUGUGAUGCAUUUGUCAAUAAAAAUCACUUAUUAGCAGUUUCACUGGACAUCGAAAAGGCUUUUGAAAUGGUAAGCAAAGAAAACGUUAUCGAAAUACUCGAAGAACUUGAGCUCAAUGGCAACAUAAUCGCUUACAUCAGUAAUUUCCUCCACCAAAGAAAAAUUAUGGUCAGGUUCAAAAAUACCCUAUCAGAUCCUGCAGAAACUGUUAAUGGAGUACCAACUGGCUCAGUACUGAGUACUGUACUCUUCAUAGUCUCAAUUAACUCAAUCCUAACGAGAAUUAUUCCUCCAGCAAAAGCAUACUUGUAUGCUGACGAUCUCACCAUCACUUGUCCCGGAAAGAACAUCAAAAUCAACAAUCAACGAAUAACCAAGACCGAAGAAAUAAAGAUACUAGGACUAGUCUGGGACAGCAAACUUACUUGGGCAGCUCACAUCAAGAACCUUGAAGCCGAAUGUCAACGUAGAACAAACAUAAUAAAAAUACUAGCAUCUAAACACUGGGGGUCGGCAUCUCAAAUCCUAAUCAAUACUUACAAGGCCCUCAUCGAAUCAAAGAUUAAUUAUGGGGCGGAAAUAUACGGCUCAGCAAUUAGCUCCAACCUUAAAACUCUUGACACUAUUCAAACAACAGCACUAAGGCUUGCAAUCGGAGCUUUCCGAACAAGUCCUACAACGUGCAUCUUAGCAGAAGCCAAGGAAAUCCCUCUGAGACUCGAACGAAUAGAAUUGUCCAUCAGGUUUAUGACGAAAACUUUAGCAGAGAAUCCCAAUCUUAUCACUAACAACAACCAUCUCAACAUCGAAUAUCAAAAGCACCCCAACACCCCUAGGCCCCUUCGGAUCAGAAUACAAGACUACCUAACUGAAACAAACUUAACACUACCAAAAACUUUCAAAAGACAAUUGCAUCCUAUCGCCCCAUGGGAAACGAUAGAAAUAAUUUCGGACUAUAACCUUAACGAAAGAGACAAGAAUAUCACCACUGCGAAAACCUUCCAAGCACUCUUCCAGGAAACUAAAGAAAAGUACAGCAAUCAUUUAGAAUUCUACACAGACGGAUCCAAAACCAAAACAAGAACAGGAUACGCCGCUAUCAACGAAGACAAUGUAGAAGCCUCCAAGUUACCGGAUACCUACUCCAUUUCUUCCUGUGAAUUAUAUGCAAUUAUGAAAGCACUCCAACUAGGAACAAAAGAAAACAAAAACAUCGUAAUCUACACUGACUCUAAAUCCAGCAUUCAAGCGAUCGAAGACCAAUUCUCAACAAACCCUAUCGUACAUCAAAUACAACAAAUCAUAUACGGGCAGAAUGCGACAAAGGUAAUAUUAGUCUGGAUACCAUCGCAUCAAGGCAUCACCGGAAACGAAAAAGCAGACACAGAAGCUAAAAACGAAACAAGAAUAAUUCAAGAAGACUCUAUAGCACCAACGACUUGGAUAGAUUGCAAAAACUACAUAAAGAAGGCUGUACAAAAACACUGGGAAAACCAAUGGAACCUUAUACCCAAAACAGACAACCAAACAACACUAAACUACGAAACCGAUAAUCAACCAAACUUCAACAGAAAUCGGAGAGAACAAACCAUUAUAACGAGAAUUAAAAUUGGAUAUACAAAACUCACACACUCAGACCUAAUGGAAAAAUCAAAUAAACUCAUCUGCCCAAGCUGCAACACAACGAAUAACAUCAAACAUAUACUAAUAGAUUGCAAUUUAUAUAACCACCAGAGAAUGAAAAACCGACUUCCACUUAAGGGGGUAUUCUGGUCUAGAAGCCUAAAUUUUAGGCAUUUUUCAAACUAA